GGAACUUCGUAUUCGAUAUGUUAAAAUGACAGAUGAACGAUGACAAUUCGAAAGUUGAAAGGGUUCAAAGAAACAGCUGAAUGAUCGGAUUGUGGUCGUAAUUGAUGGUGGAAAUUGAAUAAAAUAAAACUCUUUCCAGUCAUCUAGCAUUUGUAUGGAUGUAUCAAUAAGCGUAUCCACUAUCUGAAUGAAAUUCUAGUUCUCCAACGUGCAAGUAGCGAGGCACUGUGCGAUAAAUUGUAGGAUGGUGAGAACGUUCGAACUGGUAGGAAUAUAAAGAGACAGUCAUUUCAGUGUAUCGUUUGAUAGUGGUGUUUUUUAUUGUGUAACACUAUGAAGAAAUCAGAAAAGUGGACGAGAAAUAGAUUUGUUUGUUGAUUUUUCAUGGCUCUAUAAUUACCAGAUUUGGUGUGAAGAAGCAGAAUCAAACAACAAUGUCAACUAUGAAAAGUGGAGCUAAAAAGGAAGGCAAGAUGAGGAUUCGUGCCUUUCCUAUGACUAUGGACGAGAAAUAUGUGGAGAGCAUAUGGGCACUUUUGAAAAAUGCAAUCCAAGAAAUCCAAAAGAAAAACAACUCAGGAUUAAGCUUUGAAGAGUUGUAUCGUAAUGCGUACACAAUGGUAUUGCAUAAACAUGGUGAAAGGCUCUAUACAGGCUUAAAAGAAGUUGUGACCAAUCAUUUAGAGUCAAAGGUUAGAGAAGAUGUUCUUAAAUCGUUGCAUAAUAAUUUUCUCAUGACCUUAAAUCAAGCUUGGAAUGAUCAUCAGACAUCCAUGGUUAUGAUUAGAGAUAUACUUAUGUAUAUGGAUAGAGUUUAUGUACAGCAAAAUGAUGUUGAUAAUGUGUACAAUUUAGGACUAAUUAUAUUUAGAGAUCAGGUGGUAAGGUAUGGUUGUAUCAGAGAUCAUUUGCGGGAAACAUUACUGGAUAUGGUGAUGCGCGAAAGACGUGGUGAAAAAGUAGAUAGAAUUUCGAUCAAGAACGCCUGUCAGAUGCUGAUGGUGCUAGGUAUAAAUUCGCGCAACGUCUAUGAGGAAGACUUUGAAAGGCCUUUUCUGCAGCAGUCUGCUGAAUUUUACAAGGUGGAAAGUCAAAGAUUCUUGGAUGAGAAUAGUGCGUCUGUGUACAUAAAAAAAGUAGAGGCACGCAUCAAUGAAGAAUCGGAUCGAGCUAAGCAUUACCUGGACGAAUCCACUGAGCCGCGAAUCGUGGAAGUUGUAGAAGAGGAAUUGAUCAAAAAGCAUAUGAAAACAAUAGUAGAGAUGGAGAACUCAGGAGUGGUGCACAUGCUAAAACAUCAAAAGACUGAAGACCUGGCUUGCAUGUACAAGCUGUUCGGGCGCGUGACUGACGGCCUGAAGACGAUGGCUGAUUGCGUAAGCCAGUAUCUCAGAGAGCAGGGCAAAGCUUUAGUGCAAGAGGAGGAGCAUCAACCAGCCACAAACGCCAUUACGUUUGUCCAAUCGUUGCUCGAUCUCAAGGACGGUUUCGACCAUUUCCUCAAGAACUCUUUCAACAACGACAAAAUCUUCAAGCAGAUGAUCGCUUCCGAUUUCGAACAUUUCCUUAAUCUCAAUCCCAAGUCGCCGGAAUAUUUAUCGCUCUUCAUUGAUGAUAAGUUGAAGAAAGGUGUGAAAGGCAUGUCCGAGCAGGAUAUAGAAUUAGUCCUAGAUAAAUCGAUGGUACUGUUUCGAUUCCUACAAGAGAAGGACGUCUUUGAAAGGUACUAUAAACAACAUCUAGCAAAACGACUGCUAUUGAACAAAUCGGUCAGCGACGAUUGGGAGAAAAACAUGAUCUCUAAGCUGAAGACGGAAUGCGGUUGUCAAUUUACAUCAAAAUUGGAAGGAAUGUUCAAGGAUAUGACUGUAUCUAACACAAUUAUGGACGAAUUCAAGGAACACGUGGUAAAAUCAGAGACGAAUUUGGGAGGAGUAGAUUUGUUUAUGCGUGUUCUUACCACUGGUUUCUGGCCUACGCAAAGCGCAACGCCGAAAUGUCACAUACCCGCAGUUCCACUUGCAGCAUUCGAAUGUUUUAGGAGGUUCUAUUUAGCUAAGCAUAGUGGAAGACAGUUAACCUUACAGCCGCAACUGGGCAACGCUGAUCUCAAUGCUGUUUUUUAUGGACCCAGGAAAGAGGAAAAUGAAAAAGAUGGGGCCUGUUCAUCUUCAACCAGUUUAGUUUCGAAUAGAUCUGGUCCCAGAAAACACAUUAUCCAGGUGUCCACGUAUCAAAUGGUAGUUCUAAUGCUAUUCAACAACCACGACAAGUUGACCUACGAAGAAAUCCUGAACGAAUCCGAUAUUCCUGAACGAGACCUCAUAAGAGCCCUGCAAUCGUUGGCUAUGGGAAAAGCCACACAAAGGGUGCUCAUUAAAAAUCCGAAGACAAAGGAAAUCGAAAGUAGCCAUGAGUUCUACGUUAAUGACUCAUUCACGUCCAAGUUACACAGAGUAAAAAUCCAGACAGUUGCAGCGAAAGGCGAAAGCGAGCCAGAACGCCGAGAAACUAGAAACAAAGUAGACGAAGACAGAAAACACGAGAUUGAAGCUGCCAUCGUACGCAUCAUGAAAUCUCGCAAACGAAUGGCGCAUAACAUCCUGGUGACCGAGGUCACAGAACAGUUGAAAAGCAGAUUCCUCCCGUCACCUGUCAUCAUCAAAAAGAGGAUAGAAGGACUUAUCGAACGCGAAUACCUCGCGCGCACUCCAGAAGAUAGAAAAGUGUAUACCUACGUAGCGUGAACUGCUAAGGACAUGGAGCUCGGCUCAAUUGUGACUGUUAGCAAGUUAAGGGGGCUCUCGUUGGAUCCGAAAAUCUUUUUACAUUCAAUCGAGGAUUUGCCGUGGCGAUAUAGUCACUUGCAGGAUCUGAAGUAUAGGUUUGCACUUAUACAUGUGCAUUAUCCACGAAAUAUAGAACAAUUGCAAAAUCAAACCUACGGAUACUCCAUUCAAAAUGCGAAUUUAAGAUUAAUUUGACUUAAAUCUUAUGAGUUGGGUGUUAUUUAGCUUUUAAUCAUUACAAAAUAUAUUUAUUACAAAAGAUAUAUUUUUUUAUGUUAAAUUAUCAAUAACUUGCAGCACUUCCAACGAGGAGGUUUUUGGCGUUACUACAAUUUUUAUUAAAAACACGUUUUCAUAUAUUUAAUAAAACUAAACAACACUUACAGCAACCUCCUCCUGGCUAGCGUGUCAGUUUUAGGUGAAAUUGCAAAGUAAGUUAUUAGGUACCUACAUAGCUGUCAUGUUAUAGGUUUUUCGGGCCGCUUACUCCGUAUCAGGUAAUUUGAACGGCAUGUCCUAGCCAUUUCAAGGUCAAAUUAGGAAAAUAGUAAUUUAAUUUAAUGACCUAUAAAUCCCUUCAUAUGACCUAAUAAGGACCUCAGAUUUGAACUCAGCGACCCCAAAACCGACGUACACGACCAGUAGAUUCGUGUUUCUGGCAUUUUCUCAACUUGAUGUUGGAAUGAUCGUAUGACCACGACACGCUCUUCAAAUGAUCAGAUAUGGACAAACUGAGAUCAGAUUCGGGCUUUGCGAACACAAAAACGGACGUACAGGUCUGCUAGAUUUGGUUUUACGGCAUUUUCUCAAUUUUACCUUCUCGAUACGGCCUUCAAAUGACCUGGUACGGACUCGGCUACUCCAAAAAUCAUAACAGCUACGUGCCAGAUGCCUGAUUAUUUACUUCAUAAACUUCGAAAUUUCACCUAAAUCUGGCACUAGCCAUAAAUGCUGUUUGUGGUCAAAUCGUUCAGUUAUUUUAUAUACAUAAAAACAUUUGAUCUUUCUUUUAUCAAAAUUGUAGGCCCUCCUCUGUUUUUAUCGGUAACGUAGCUCACUUUUGUUUUUCAAACGCGUGGCUAAGGGAAGGACGUCCCGAUUGAAGAAAUUUGCUAGAAUCCUCUAAAUAGUUCUGUUCAUUAAGACCCCUCACCCUAUAUUUUUUUUUCAACCGGUCGAGAUAGCAGGAUCAUGAAACUGACGUAGUCCAAGAAAUACCUACGCAUCUGCUAGGAAAAUAUAUUGAUUCGUUUUUUGCAUACUCAUUCAUAAAGCACCCCUUUAAACGAAUCUUCAUGUUACCAGGCCCAAAUCUACAUUUAUUUUAAAUUAAAUUCCUAAAAUUCUUUUUUCUUCAUUCCAGACAAAGCUCUAGUUUUCUGGAUCAUUCUGAAAAAGGUCCUCAUGGCCCUUUCUCUAAACUUGAUGACUCAUUUAAUAUUUGAAAAAAUGCGAAAUAUACGAUUUUCAAUGUCGAAAGACAAUAUGAAAUAACGCGUGCAAUAAUGUUUAAUCGUCUGUAAUUCCAUGAUAAAUUCAAAAAAUGCCAUUUUUUAUGUUCUGAUCAAGGUCAUCUGUACUUCUCGAACUCCGAAGUAAACCACACGUUCACUGAUUCAACAGUCUCAUAUUUGCUUGGUCUGGCUCAUUUCACUUGUAAGACGAACGCAACUAUUAGCUUCAAACUAAACACGAUACCGCGUUUUAUUUAAAAAAAAAAUACCACCAUAUUGAACCUUACACUAAAAUGUUGUUUUUUGCACCUCUCUUAUCAUUACGAAUUUGGCCCGUCAAAACACAAUUGGGUGACGUUAAUAAAAGCAGUGUCAUUGAUUCUACUAAAAGAUAGCCAACGUAAUACCAUAUUCUCGCGUCUAAAAAGUUAUGAGAGAUAAAAUGAGAUACCGUAGCAACAUAUGUAAGAUUCUGUCACAUCUGUUCCUGUAUUUACUAUAAUUAUAUAUUUUGAAAAGACUAGUGUGCCUUCUAUGACACUAGCCUUUACAAAGUAUGUAUAUAUAGUAAAUAAAGAAACAGCUGUGACAAAUCCUUGAAGAUGAUGGUACAGUAUCUCAUUUUUUUCUCGGGUAAUUUUUUGGUUAGAAUUCUUAUGUAGAAUACCUUGAUUACUGACAGUGUAUAAUUUGAGUCUGUUGUGUGAAUGAAGGUAGCCAUAAAUGACUUCACGCGCCUUUUUGAUAAUGAUUUUUCGAAUAUUUCUGUGUUACGUUUAAUUGGUGCUAAAUAUGGCAAGAAAAUUUGCACCAGUGCUGAAGCAAAUGUUUAAUCAAAUUUGAUGUUUUGCUACUGAAACCCUGGAAAUACCCAAAUAGAAUGCCACGCGGUCUUUAUUCGGAAAACGGUUGUGAACUCUACUAUUAGCAUUGAUAAACGUUGGAAUACGUUUAUUCUACCUGAGGAUAGUCAACUCAAUACUAUAUUCGCGCGUGCGAAAAAUUAUCCAAGACGAAAUGAGGUACCGUAGCGUCAUCAAUGACAAUUUGUCACAGCUAUGUUUCUCCUCUCUGCAAUAGAAACGUACAUUGAAAAGGUCAGUGUCUAGAUGGCGCUGUAGAUAUAUACUCAUAUAUAGUUGGAUACAGCGCCAUCUAUGAGACACUAACCUUUUCAAAAUAGAUUUCUAAUUAUUGCGGAGAGAAGAAACAUAGCUGUGAAAAUUUCUCAUAGAUCACGCUACGGUAUCUCGUAUCCAUUCGGAUUAUUUUUCUGACACGUGAAGAUACUAUUAGGUUGUCUAUCUUCAGGUAAAAUGCGUUAAACAAUGUUAUUACCCAACUUAUAUUUUUGAUUCUUAAAGGUUUCUAUGCAGAUUAUAAUCACAUGAGGACCUCAUAAAAUGUAUUUAGUAAUUUGUUGUGAAUAAUCGAAUUUUUUCAAGUUUCUUGCAUCUAGUGAUUUUGAGCCGAAUAGCACCUAGCUCCUACCUAAAUGAUCUUAUAAUCAUUGAUUAACGUAUUCUACUUGAAGAUAGCCAACAUAAUGCUAUAUUCCUGGUUCCAAGAAAUUGCCCAAGAUAAAGUAAGAUACCAUAGCGCCAUCUAUGAUAAUUUGACAUAGUAGUUUCUCUCUAUAUAUAUUGAAAAUGGUCAGUGUCUCAUAGCUGGUCCUGUAGUCACCGUUUCAAAGUAUUUAUAGUAAACACAGCUGUGACAACUUUCCAUAGAUGACGUUACGGUAUUUCAUUUUCUCCGGCGCGGGAAUAUAGCAUUAGGUUGGCUAUCUUCAUUUAUAAUAUCUUGAACCACAUUUUAAUACACUUUCAAGAUAGGUCUAACAGUAAAUUAAAUUUAUUUUUUAUUUAGAAAUGGCCGCCGAAAAGCUAUACUGAUGAAUACAGUCAUCACAUGAACCCCUUAUAUAAACCAGGGUUGCGUAAUACGAUAUUGUGUCACGUGACUAAAGCGUUAACUUAAAUAACGGGUUCGUGUUAUUUGCAAGCUAUAAACUAUCAAUACUGCUCUUAUUGGUUGUUCUCGAAAUUUCAAAGUGACGUGGUCAAUGUAGACUCAGGUCCCAUAACAAUUUAUCCACCGUCAGCAAACAUACGAAGGCGGUUCAAUAAGUACCCGUGUUAGAAAUGAAGACAUAUUUUAUCCAUUUUUUCUAUUUUUCAACAUAGUCCCCUUUUAGAAAGAUUUACUUUUCCCAACGUGCCUUUCAUUUUUUUAACCCCUACAAAAAAAUAGGAUUUGUCGAACUCUUCAAAACACGCCUCUGUCUUGGCGAUGACUUUCUCGUUUGAGCUAAGUUGUUUUCCCGCGAGCCAUUUCUUCAUGUUAGGGAACAAGAAAAAGUCGCAGGGGGCCAGCACUUCAUAACGCAAUUCAUACAGUUUGGCGGCGACAACUCCGGCUGAAUGUGCUUGUGCGUUAUCGUCGUGAAACAGCACCUUCUUGUUCGCCAAAUGUGGCCGUGACUCCUUCAGUUUUUUGUCUAAGCGGUCCAAUAACUUGGUGUAGAAUGGUGAAGUGAUCGUUCGUCCUUUUUCUAAAAAACCGAUGAGAAUGACGCCGUUUGCCUAAUAAAAAGUCGUCGCUAUGACUUUUCCGGCCCACGGGACCGUUUUCGCCUUCUUUGGAGCAGAUUCACAGGGGGAAAUACAUUGUCUUGAUUGUUGCUUAGUUUCUGGUGUGUAAUGAUGAAUCUAGGUUUCAUCAACGGUGACAACUCGUUGUAAAAACUCCUCCGGAUCUCGCUUAAAUUGUUCCAAACACUGCUUCGGCACCCAUCGGGCCGACAAUUUUUUCAUCUCCAACUUACCAUGUAAAAUAUUCUUUGCCGUUCCGGUCGACAGACCUACGGCCUCUGCUAUCUCGCUCACUUUCAUUCGUCGAUCAGGGAGAAUCCUGCCGUGGACUUUUUGAAUUAUUUCCUCGGUAACCACGUCGGCUGGCCGUCCUGGUCGCUCCUCAUCAAAAAUGGAUGUUCGUCUACGUUUAAAUUCGUUGAACCAAUAUCUAACUGUGGUCAUAGACGGCAAAGUGUCCCCAUAAACAGCAUCCCACUUUGCUUUUAUCUCGCAUUUUUCCCAUCCAAAAACAAAAAGCGAAUUACCGAACGAUACUGCUCUUCUUCCAUCAAAUCAUGAUACACGUGUUUCUCGAAUGGCUGCCAAAUCCAAACUAACCUAUCAAUCAGUCUGAAAUUUGUUGUGCCGUCGUUUGAUAGACGGCAGCACAUGAUGAUAACACCAACUUCCCACAGGAACGCCCUCUGUCGACAAAUACGGGUACUUAUUGAACAAGCCUAGUAUAUUUCAAUGUUUGUAAAUACUUUUUCAUAAACUGCAACUAAACUAAGUCUGUUGGGAAAAUAAAAAUGGAUGUGAUAUGUUGCAAAUACAAUGAUAGAAUGGUAUUUUUAACCUUUAUUUUGGCAUUUCUAAUCUUGUCAAAAUAACGUUUAGGUUCGAUACUACCCGCUUGGAGCAAUAAGGUACUUAAGCCACAUUGACUUUGUAAAUGUAUGUAUGUCAACCUUAAAUCACGUUUCUUGCUUAAUAUCCAUUGAAAUGCUACAAUACGUUUACAUUUUCAGGAACAAAGAUUUGGUGACAACUGAAUAAAAAAAAUGUAAGGCAUGUUUGUAAAAUUAAUUCAUUUCUAAAAAUACUGUGGCUUGAUGCCUUAUAUAAUGUGUAAACGUUGUUUUUCCAUUAGGACUGUACAAGAUGGUGCGUUCUCGAUUUUGAAAAGAUUAUGAAUGCUCAUGAAGACUGGGGAUCACAAGCCACAUAGAUAAAUUUAUUUGGUCAAGAAGGGCAUAAGUCGCUCAUUACAAAAUGACACUAUUAAUACGUAUUAAAGUUUUGCGGUCCACAAUAUUGGUUCUCAAUAAGGAUAAUGAUAUAUUCUGAUAAAUACAUAGUUUUAGAUCAUUAUGUAUUGGUAUUGUGAAACUAAUACCAAAAAUAGAUUUUCUAUGUACCAAACAAGCCAUAUACUCGUAUAAUGGCAGUAAAGCAGUGGGUGGCACCCGGUGCGGAAGUUGGUGGUGUCAUCCCAGUCAAAAGCAAUAAAUUUUAUAUGAUUUAUAAACGUCAUGGAUCAUUUAAUAUUCAUAUUUAAAAUAUCGAAAAAAUAUCAAAACUCAAUAAAAACUAAGACAGAAAAAAUAUUUUUACCUUACAAUUAAAAUAUCUUCUUCCUAGCUUUGACAGUUGCAAACUCAGAAAUAACUUCAUCAAAAUUUAUGUUUUGUAUUGCCUCAUGUUCGAUGGCUAAUAUACCAAGAUUGCUAAGCCGCGAUUGGGUCAUUGUUGCCCGCAAAUAAUUUUUGAUUAAUUUUAGUUUACUGAAACUCCUUUAACUUGAAGAGACUUCGAUCUUGCCUGGAGUUCAACUCUGAAAAAGUUGAGUCACGCUCACAGUUACUAUCACUCAGAGGAUAGUCUCAUCUUAACUGAAUCAAGAACCAUUUUUGUUCUCUGAAUUACUGAAACAUCCAUUGAUUUUACCAACGACUAAUUUCCGUUAGUCGCCCGUCUUGGAAUUUAAGAGGUCAUACCUUUUUCGGCGUAAAAAUGUGUGGCAAUCGGUGGUUGUACAAUAACGUUAUAUAAAAAAAUUGUCAAAAAAAUCAACUUCGGAUGCCACGGAUGCUUUUGGAUGGAAAUGUGUUUUUUAUCCAAAUGCGGCUCAAGUACCUUAUUGCCCUCAAGCCCUUCAACUUUCGUUUUGGCCAUUUUCGAAGUUUCAAAGUGAAGUGGUCAUUAUAUGCUCAGAUCCCGUAACAAUUUGUCCGUAUACCGAUGUUUUAUAAACUGCAUCUAGAACGAAUAUGGGUUGCAAAUACAAUAAUAGAAUAAUAUGGGUAAUCAUGACGGCAUGUGACAAGUUUUUAAUUUUUAUAUUGACAUUCUAAUUUUGUCAAAAUAGCGUUUAUGCUUAGGCCGUUAUAUAAAGACCCGUGUUUUUCUAUGUUACCUUUUUCAAGCAAUCAAAAAUUAGGUCAUAUUGCAGAUCACCUUUAACCGUUGAUUAAUGUGGUCUAUCGGCACCCAAAAGGGGAUCUGAAAGAUCCUAGCGCCAUAUAUAAGACGGUAGCAGCACACAAAAAUGAAUUUAGAAAUCUAGUUUGAAGAGUUAACAGUGUUUGGUGCACUAACUUUUUGCAAAUAAGUUUCUGAAUUCAUUUUUUUCUCAUAUAUACGGCCUCGUAUAUGGCGCUGUUCUUUCAGACUCUAGAAUGAUUCAACAAAGAACGCAUCUUAAAAUCCUAAAAUAUGGAUUACGAUCAGAUGUGACUCCUCCCAUAAAUGUAAGAACAGUAGAAAAUAAAUUAUUCUAUUAUCUUAAAUUAGCAAUUUAUUUUUUACAACCUUUAAAGGAAUAGAAAUAUAAGUAUGGCGUAAAGUCAUUUUAUUUCCCUAAGCACGUAUUUUUAGUAAAAAAAAUAAUAUGGGCAUACUAGAGGCCAUGUUUCUUAAUUGUCUGGCCGACCAAUCAACGUAUGCGUUUUAAUUUCUGUUUAUUGCACGACGUUUUGGCCAUCACAUUGUACUUGAAAGUGGCGGCCACAGUAGUUGCCAAAAAAUCAUACAAUAAAUAAAUUAAAACACAUGUGGUCUAAUUCCGCCAGUCAAUGGAGUCCUAUGAACACAGCCAUAUUUCCAGUAUGUAUUUUACUAUCUUCAACAUGGAGUUGCAGAAACAUUUACCUUAAAUGUGGCCUAAUUUUUGUUUGUCGUAAACAUCAAACUCUUCAAGCAAAAUACUACAAGAAUUCAUCAUGGCAUCAUGGGAAUCAUAACCUUGAAGAUGUUCAACCAAUUAAUAAAUUCUUCAUUGUGACAUUUCCACGAGACAACAUAAAAGAACAUAUUGAUAUUUAUUGAUUCAGUUUACAAAAAAAUAUCGAAAAUUUGCUUUUAGAAUUGCAUAAUUCGGUAGGAGUAUAAGAAUUUGUUCCUCAUGCUCAUCGUGAGUUAUCUGUCUAAACAUCUAAACAGAGGGGGGUUGGUUGAUUUCUCCUACUCUAGGCUAAGAUCGAUGUACAUAGCGACUCACAAUGUGUACGAGAAUUAUUAUUCAAGAGUGCAGCUAGCCAACAGAAUACAGAUCUCUGUAAAAUACCUAAAUUGAUUGUAUCCAUUGAUAUUCUUUACCUAAUCGAGGAGAAAGUGGUAGGAGUGUUUUUUCACCCAGUUUUGCAAAAGUUGGGAUUAAGUGGCGUUUGAUAAGCUCAGCCCACCUGUGUUUGUUUUUGUGAUGCUUUUUCAAACAGUAAAUAUGGUAGUACAUCAAACUUCUUAAGUUGGGAACAUGUGAAUUUUGAAAAAGCAAAAUAUCAGGCAACGUAAUCUGUACCAAAUAAUUCGAUAUAACAGUUCUCAAAAAUUUGCUAAAGUUUCGUUUGUAAUGAUUUCAAUAAAUUAAUUAAUA